AUGGCCCCAACCCUCUACACGACGAAUCAGACGAGACUGGAAAGCGGAAAGGCACCAGAGACGGGAAGCGUGGGAAUCGACGUUACGAGGAUUCAGGAAAGCAUCGUGGACGCCGUGGUGGACGGUGUCGGACAAGGGACAGGGAGGGCCAUGGAGGAAGUGAGAAAACAGAUGCAGGAGGUCCAGAAGGAGUUGCAAGAGGCCCGGAGGGAACUGCAGGAUCAGAGAAAGAAGCAAGCACCUGCACCAGCAACAACGGUAGCCCGGUCGUGGGCUUCAGUGGUGGCUGGGGGAGGGGAGCUCCCGAAGAAAAUCAUACCGGGGCGGCUCAACAAGAAAAUACUGGUGAGGGGAUCUAUAGAGCCGUCGCUGACCUGGAGGUCUCCACAAGAGAUCGUCCAGGCGGUCAACGGGGUUUCCGAGAGGAAGGGAGCAGUGGCAGCAUGCAAGCUCCCUAGCGGGGAUGUUAUCGUCACUUUUCAAGAUGCUGAAGCGAAAGAAUGGCACGCGAAGAACGGAGGAUGGAUCGGAACGGCGUUUGGAGAGGCGGCGAAAGAGGCAAAGCGGACAUUUGCGGUUUUGGUGAAAGGGAUGUUGAAGAGAGACUUGAAGGACGUCACAGAAGCGGCAUUCGGCAAGCAGCUGGGGCUGCAGUCGGUGGAACGAGUCAAGUUCCGAAUUCCAACGAUCGAGGGAGUCACGAGAGCGACGGCACUGGUUACUAUAACCAGUCAGGAAGAAUUGAAGAGGGCCUGCGAGGAGGGAGUGGUUUGGCGGGCCUAG